AUGGCUGUACUUUUAGUCACAACCGGUGCUACAGUGACAUUCAGGGCACUAGUGAGCCAAGUGCUAACCUCCAACUUUGUCCAAAAAGCCCAAAAUGCAGGUUUUUCCAAAAUAGUGCUACAAUACGGCAACGAAAUCCACGGGGAGAAACAUCAAAGCCGGCAAUUCUUUGACAAGUGCCUUCGUGGAAGCAACCUCGUUUCAUCGCUCAAGUUGAAAGAAAAGAGCAACAACAAAAACGGAUCGGUUUCAUUCCUGGCGCCGGAUUUCGAGCUAGUUUGCUUCCCCUUUACGCCAAACAUCACCGAUUACAUCACUCAGGCAGAUGUAGUCAUCUCGCACGCGGGGACAGGUUCGAUAAUAGACACGCUCCACAGGAAUAAGAAGUUGGUUGUAGUGGUGAAUGAGCAGCUCAUGGAUAACCACCAGAGGGAGAUUGCACGAGAGUUUGCAGCGUCGAAUUACUGUAUGCGAUUCGAGUGUGACAAGUUGGGCACCGAUCUGUUCGGGACAACGUUGCAAAAAUUGCUUAAUGAUGAGAUUCGCUUCGAUCGGUUCCCUGUUAGUGACGGAGCCGUUCUUGAGACUAUCUUGAUGGAGGAACUCAGCGCGGCGUAA